AUGGUAUCCACGGAUGACAACACCAAAACAGCCGCUGAGGAUGGCAGCGACUCUCGGGAAAUGAUGGAUCACAUGGCUGAGGGUAAUACCCAGAUGUCCACUAAGACCAACACCGACAAACUCGGAGCCAACUUGGAAACCGACAAUGACAAUCCCGCCAGUGUCGAUUACAGCUGCGCUGUCACUGCUGACGAUAUUGUAUCUAAGAGCCACAUAAACCUCAAUAAGCCAGCCCAAGAGCGACUAUACACCGUGGUACUGCCUAAAGAUCUCCUGCUGCGUGGCUUCUCCUUCGCUAAGCAGACUCCCUCUCCUCCAGAGCCAGAGCAACCUCCCAGUAAGAAGCAGAUUGCACAUGCGCAGUGGCAAGAAAAAGAGGCCAAGACCGCUCAGCUCACAAAAGAUGAGUUGAAUCGGGUAGCGGCAAAGAAACGGGAGAAAGAGGGCCGCAAGCAGAAGAAACGUAUCGCCAAAGGUGCCAAUCACAAACCAAUGUGUGCAGAUUAUCAGAUUCUCGACAAGCGCAGAAAGGCGGCCAAGAAGGGCAAGAAGGUCUUGGACCACGCCGCCACCUCUGAAGCCUGCCAAGCGCGUUCCGGAUGUCGCCGGAUCGACACUCAGGAGCCGGAGGCCACUAAGACUGCCGACGGGUGCCAGACGAUUACACUCGACACUGUCACAGAGGUUCCCAAGAAACAGUCCGAGAACAACUUGAAAGAGACCCAAAUGGAAAUAAAGGGCGCUUUCCACAAAGACGACACCGUUGUGAAGGAAGCCACGCAUUUUUUGCCACAAGAGGCCGACAUUCCUGUUAUAGAUGCGAGAGAAUUGAACCUGGAUGAGCCCCCACAUCUCGGUCUCCUUUUUGGCGAGGCAGACGAGGGAGAUGAGGCAGUCGAGAAGAAUUCCUCCGCGCCGGAAAGCGUCACAAAGCCCGACGAGAAUGAAGGUCUCAGCACAAUGUGUAAAGACACAGACGACGCCGCGGCUUAG